CCAAUCCUUUCUUGUUGUUUGUCAGUGAGGCGGUUUGCAUGUAAGAUGGCGACAGCUGUUCAAAGAGAGCCCGCUGGGAUCAGUGUGGAUUAUGUAAAUGAACCAGAUGCAUCAAGCAGAAGUCACUCAGGUAAAGGAACUGAAGCAUGUCCAGGGCUAAAGUUGGUGAGGGUGGUUGCUGUUAGUUUUGGACUCCUGUGCAUUCUACAAGUGACUCUGAAUGUUUGUCUGCGUGUCUUUGUGUAUCCUCCAGCUGAGAACAAGCUAAAGGAACUGACUGAUCAGUAUUUUAAACAAGGAUGGGUUUAUUUGCAUCCAGGACUCUACUACGUGUCUUCCACUUCUAACACCUGGCAUGAGAGUAGAAAGGACUGUCUGCAAAGACAAGCAGACCUGGUGGUUAUUAACACCAAAGAAGAACAGGACUUCACAAGAAAGUUUAACAGAUUCAUAUGGAUCGGGCUUUUUAACAACACAAAGACAAGACGGUGGACAUGGGUGGACGGGACUCCUCUGACCAAAAGCUACUGGGGUCCUGAAGAACCAAACAACCUAGAAAACAAUAGUGAACUAUGUGUGGAGUCAAGGUUUUUUAAUCAAGACAACAGUUGGAAUGACAUCGGAUGCACAAAUAAAAACUUCUGGAUUUGUGAGAAAAACUUAGCUCUAUAACUCAAACCAAUCCCCAGAAAACUCAGAAACAAGAUGGUCAGAUUAUUUAAUUAACUGUUUAUUUAAUGUUUUAGUGGCAGCAGAAAAGAAAAUGUCAUUAAAAUAUGUAUGUAUAAAUAUUGCAUUGUUUAUUCCGAUGGACCAAAUGAUAAUUGAAUGGUUGUUAAUGCUAAAUGCAAAACACAGUGUGUCAGCCUCUCUUUCUCUGAACCAGAUGAUAAAAUAAAGUCAAUGGAUGAUGAUGACUCUAGAAAAAAAACAUAUGAUUGGGAAAUCCUUUGAAAUUGAAAAUUGUGUUAUUACUUAAAUUUUAUCACCAAGAAGAGUCAGAUUUAUCUUGUGUUACCGUAUUUGUUGUAGCAGAACAAAAGCCGCUUAAAGUCUUGUUUAGAAUUUCCUUUUUGUUUGUUCCCUUUAAAUUUCCAGCUUUUUAAAAACGACCUUUUUAUUGAACUGUUUUCUGUCCACCAGGGGUCUCUCGUGUCUGUUUUUACCUUCUCUAGUCUCUGCUCUGAACUCAGAACUUGUUUUUAUUCCUUCAUUACACCUGCACCUGCUUUUCUAACACUGGAUGUGUUUAAACAUCCUGUUUUCAUCACAUUUGUUCUGCUGUUCUGUACUUUGCUCUGUGUGUUUGAAUCCACUGAAAAUUCCAAUGUUUUACACUUUAAAUCAGUUUGAAAAAAUAAAAAAAUUCCAGACAAAUACAUACCACAAUUGUAAAAACUCAAAUGAGGUUAUAAAUUCAGUUUCCACCUCUGCAUUUUUAAUCAAAUAAAAGUAAUAAUAAAAGGUAAAUAAUGAUUCAUAAGCAAUCACAUGGGCUAUUAAUAAACAAGAACGGCACACAAGUUCACAGUCAAAAUCAGCAGUGAGCCAAACACACAGCCUUGGGGGUUACCUUUUUGUUUUUUUAUUUGAGUCUGUAAUAAAAAAACAUUUAAAAAAAUGUAAUUAUUUAUUUAUUUAUUUAUUUAUUUAUACAAAAUCACAAUGUAAUGACUUUUUAUCUACCAUUUUGCAAGCUUUCAAGUAAACAAAAUACAUUAAAAUAUAGAGGGCCUUUUUGGAAUAUACUACCUCCAACUCUUGAAGCUACAACUGCACUUCAUUAAAAAAAACUGUUAAACGUUAUGUUGUUCUCAAAUAGCACAUGAUGUGUCUACGUUUUUAUAUUUUUAAACUGCACGUGACUUGUUUGUUUCUGCUGCAAAAGUAGCUUAUGUCUUUGGGAAGGUGCCUUCAUAAGACCUUUGGGUCUUCAUAAUCUCUCCUGCACAACUGUUCUUUUUUACUGUAUAUGUUUUAUUGAUCGUUUUGUGUGCAAAUAAACUAAACUGCAGUACCACCUUAAAA